AUGUUACUUAUUUGUAUAGAUGUUGUGUAUGGAUAUUGCCUGAAUGUUAACAUAGAUAUCAUCGUUAUUAGUUAUUAUAAUUGCAGGGUAUUAAACACGUCAUCUAUGGUUGAUAAGGACUUGAUGAAAAGUGUGUGUAAUUCUGUUCAAUACAUAGAAGGUGUAAGAUCAUUCAUAGAGUUUGUUCAUAAAAAUGGUGGUGGCAGAACGAUGUUCUCCUGUCCUUGUAACAGUUGUAAGAAUGGUAAAGGACCUAUGUCUCUAAGUAAAAUUGAUUAUCAUUUUCUCAAGAAUGGUAUUCAGUUGACCUAUACAACGUGGCGUUUCCAUGGGGAAAAGUCACAUGAUAAACCCAGAAGUGAUAAUGUAGGAGUUGCAGUUGACAACAGAGGAAUUGGAGUUGACAAUCUAGGAAAUUCAGCUGACAAUGGAGAUGAUUUUUCCGAGAACAUUAAUCCUGCUUGUAGUGUAGAUGAGAAUGUUGGCGUACAUAGUAGGGUUCACAAUGAUGAUGGAACUAGUAGUAGCAAGAAAAAAAUAGAUUUUUAUGAGCGUGCUAGAGAACCUUUAUAUCCUUCAUGUCAUAAGGAAAAUACACCAUUGUAUGCCGCUAUUAAACUAAAUAACAUAAAUACCCAAUAUGGAUUUUAUAACAACGGUGUCACUGCACUCUUAAAAUUGUUUAAGGAGUUGCUUCCUGAUGGAAAUACACUGCCGUACAAGUUCCAUGAUGUAAAAAAGUUGAUACAAGAACUAGGGAUGGACUACUUAACCUAUGAUGCAUGUGUCAAUGAUUGUAGUUUAUACUGGAAGGAUCAUGCAUCAUUGGUUAAGUGUCUUAUGUGUCAAGAACCUAGGUAUGAUAAGGUAUUUAAUGACGAGAGAAAUCUUACUCAAGUUUCUCGCAAGACGUUAAUUAAGACAUUUUCCAUUGAUAAACUGCAAAGGUUCUAUAGUAUACCAUGGAUAGAAGAGGCAAUGUAUUGGAAUUCCAUAGCACAAUCAGAUGGAAAUGUUAUGCGUCAUCCAGUUGAUUCUUCAGCCUGA